AUGACACGGAAACUUGGCUCCUACAAGUUGAAGGGAAAUCGAAAUGCUUCGCGGAAUUGGUGGCGACAUCUUUCCAAAGGACCAGAAGUUGACCAUGUGACAGUGCCCGUGAAGUUUGUGAAUGAGGAUGGAGCUACUGUAGUGCAAAAUGAACCCUGGCCCAUCAUUGAUGUACACAAGAUAUUGCACUUCUUAUUUGAUGACGCAGAGCUUCAAAUUCCUGAGGAGAUCAUCCAUGAAUACUGGCAAAAAUCGAAACAGUUUGGGGAAGAAUGGGCGCAGCACAUCAGCGAGGAAAACUACUUGAAAUUCAUUCCCAUAGGGUUAUACGGUGAUUCAGCCCGUGUUCGAACAACCUUUGGCAGUGAAAAUGUCAUUUCUGUCUAUUGCAAUUUGGUGCUUUGGCGCCCAAAAUCAGUGAGAUUCUCUAGAUUCCUCGUUUUCACAAUACCAGAAGAGAGGUGUACAGCGAAUACUCUGACAGCAGCACUUCGCCGCAUUGUCUGGAGUUGCAACCAUGCAUACAACGGUGUUUUCCCCACAGCUGGGCCCUCAGGGCAAAAUCUAUCUGGCAAGGAUGCUCAAAUGCAAGGAUUGCCACUGACAAAAAAAGGUUUUCAGUUUCAAGUCACUGAAAUUCGCGGAGAUUGGGCUUGGCAUAAGAAGAUCUUUCGAUUCCACAAGUGUCAAUGGAACGGUGACAAAAUGUGCCCUUUUUGUGAUGCACGAGGGCUGUCUGACAAGUGGGAAGAGUGCUACUGGAACCUGGAGAGUAACAACCAUCAGGACUUUGACUUGAGUGCUUUUUUGGCCAAUCGAAUUCCACCACAGAACAUUUGA